UAGUGACAUAAUCACAUAAUAGACAUAACCUCUAAUGUAAAAGGCAGAACCUACAAGAGUUAAGAAUUUAUUUCCAAAAAGUAGGAUUAACAAAAUAACCGUGGUGUACAUAUAGAAGAAAAAAUCUUUUACAUGCGUGUGUAAAGUAUACUUAAAAAGUCAUAAUGUCGUCUCUUCUACGAUCUACCAAGUUUGUGCGAUACUUUGCUGGUGCGGCUAGAACACUUAUAUUAAACUCUGCAAAAACAGCUGAAGCUAAUACUUUACUGAAUCCUAAAUCACUAUGUGCUGCCAACAGCAUUUUACUAAGAGACUAUGCAACAAAAAAAACAGAAAACUUGGAGCCAUUGCUACAAAGAUUGGAUUUGGAAGUAAGAAGAAAUGGAAGAAUAUCUAAAAGGGACAUAGAUGAAGUAUUUGAUGAAAUCAGAGCAAAACAUGACAUUACAAGCUCACAAUCUUUACUUGUUAUUAGAUGUUGUGGUGAGCUUGUACCAGAAGAGUUACCAGAACAGAGAACUCUAUUAGUUCAGAAAAUAUGGAAUGUCCUAAAUGAGAGAGGCAUACCCAUGGAUGUCUCCCAUUACAAUGCUCUCCUGCGUGUUUAUUUGGAAAAUGAGCAUGCAUUUUCUCCGGCCCAAUUCCUUGAGGAAAUGGAAAGGAAAGGCUUGCAACCCAAUAGAGUCACUUACCAACGUCUUAUGUGGAGGUAUUGUCAAGAAGGAGAUGUAGAGGGUGCAACCAAGGUUCUAGAAAAAAUGCGGGAGCUAAACAUGCCUGUGUCUGAACCUGUUUUAAAUGCCUUAGUUAUGGGUCAUGCAUUCCAUGGUGACACAGAAGGGGCCAAAGCUGUCUUAGAAACAAUGGCAGGUGCAGGCCUUACUCCAUCUAACCGUACCUACACUUUAUUAGCCUGUGGCUAUGCAAAAGAAGGUGAUAUUGAAAAUAUAAAUAAGAUUAUUGCUAUGGCGGAAGACAACGAUGCGGCUUUGUCAGAUAAGGAUAUUUUAGAUAUUGUAGAAUAUUUAGCAGUUGGUGGUCACGAGAAUAAAGUUGAACAGUUAUAUACACACAUUCGUAAAAGUGUGGGUUACAAUCAAGAUGUAUGCAAUCUUAUCUUAAGACUCCUAAAUCAAGGCUGUGAUGCAACUGCUAAAAGUAUAAUGAAAACCAUGUCAGCAUCCACUAAUAUAGACGACUCCGGCAUUUUCUUCAAAGGCUCUUUUUACGUGAAGCAUUUAAUCAAACUAAACAGACCAGCAGACUCUAUCAUUAAAUCUUGUAAAGAAUUACAAGAAGAAGCCUUAGUGCCUAAGGCAUUACAAAUUGCUACAGAAGUUUCUUUACAGCAAGGUCAAACUGAACUGGCACAUAAACUGUUUAAAGAAUUGAAAAAGGACGGCUUUGAAAUUCGCCAACAUUACUAUUGGCCUCUGUUAAUUCAAAAAGGAAAGGAAGGCGAUGAAGAGGGUCUUCUACAAAUUGUUCGGACCAUGACUACCGAAGACCUGUCUCCUACUGGUGAAGCUCUCAGAGACUAUAUAAUACCUUACUUGCUGAAGACGGAUUCGCCACAAAACGUUAUAAUUAAACUUCAAUUAGCAAAUGUACCUGUUUUCCACAGUGCAAGAAAUGUAAUUGUGGAACUUUUACGAAAAGACAAUAUACGAGAUGCAGCAGAAAUCGCGUUACGAUACCGUCCUAGAGGUGGAUUUUCUAUUAUCGGCCCAAUGUUAAUUAACGCUUUGUCUAACACUAAAGAUAUUGAUUCCUUUGCCAAAAUUGUUCAUGUUAUAAGUAGCCAUCAACCACAUACAGAAGAAGAUACGCCUGAUGAUGGUCCAGAACGAAGCACGGUUAACGAAGUAGGGCGUGUUGUUAAACAAGCCAUUAAAGCUUUGAACAAAGGUGGAUUAUCAGAGAAUCUCCUGCAAGCCGUGUUAGACAGAGGAUUGCGUAUAGAUGUAGCUUCGGCCGAAGACAUAGAGCAAAUACUUGGCAAUAACAUGACAACAGACAUUUCAAAGUUACUAUCAAGUUUAACGUCCUCAGAUCUAGAAUACACGCCGCUAGAAGCCUCCAAACUGUCAAACAAUAAAACAAAAUUAAAUUCCCAACAACUGGAGAAUCUAAUUAAAAAAGUACAGGACCAGGAUGGAAACAUGGCUAGAUUGCAAAAACAGCUACUCAUUACUUAUAUGGAGGAGAACAAUAUUCAGAAAUUGGAUAGUUACCUGAAACAAUUAAAGUCGUCCAACUUCGAACUAACAAUGACCACACUCACGCAAUUGUAUGAGGUGUUUUUGGAGAAUGAUAUGAUCGAGAAAGCGAAUGAAAUACACACCCAAAUAUUAGAAAAGAAUCCAGACUUUGUUAUUAACAGAUUCAAGAAGGUUAUGAUGGCUGAAGCUUUGAUCAGAGCUAAUAAAUUUGAUGAAGCGAUACAGUAUCUUAAGGAUAAUAAGCCCACUGAUGAUAUAACAGCGAACUUUGCAUUGAAUGCCAAGUGUUGGCAAGUUCUGAAUGCAGUAUGCGAAGAGAAGGAUGUGGCCAAGAUCAAAACAUUAACAGAGACUCUAAUCAAUAACAAUUACAUUGAACCGUCAAAUGUGCUAUUGGGACCAUUAAUCAAGGUACACAUUAUGAGGGAUGAUUUAGAUUCAGCUUUGAAUGAAUUUGAGUAUUGCUGCAAACAGUAUAGGAGUACACCGUGGAAGGGAGAGUUGACCAAAGCGUUGAUUUUAAAGGAGGAUGCUAAUAAACUACAAUGGCUCGCUGAUCUUAGUACACAGAUUCACGGCGAGAUCAACAUCCUCCAUGACCUGGUGCUGGCGUUCGUAGAAUGUGGCCGACUGCGCCAGGCCAGAAGAAUUCUGGAGACACCGGGGUUAAUGGCUAGACGACGAAAGGUCGAUGAAGCUUGCAGAAGAUAUGAGGAGGAAGGAAAGUCUGAAUACCUCGAAGGACUCCUAGAAGCGACUAAAGACUUGUCCAUUUUGGAUAGAUCUAACAUUUUCUACCACUUAUUAGUAACAUACUGCAAGGCAAACGAAACCGACAAAGCCGUAGGACUCUGGACCACAUUACAAGAAGAAGGCGAAAUUCCCACCGACGAAUUCCUAAUUCACCUCGGAAACCAUUUGAAAUCGCAAAACAAAGAGGUCCCAUUCGUAAUCCCACAACAUAAACCCGUAAACGUACAGAAGAAAAAUGAGGAAGCGGUAAUCAAGACAUUGGCAGCCCAAAAGGAACCGAUACACACCAAACGUGGAAUUUCUGAACAGAUAGAAAAACUCAUAAACGACGGCCUCCUAUCCCAAGCUAUGGACUUCACGAUCAAAUCGGUGGAGGACGGCAUCGUGCCCAAAGAGAAUGUCAUAAAGUAUUUGCUAAAGAGCCUUGCCGCCGAAGGGAGUGUUGAGAAAAUUCAGAUGUUGGGGAAGUAUAUCAAUGAGGACAUGAGGAAGAAAGUGACUUAUAGUGAUAAAAUGACGGCCGCGAUAUUCAAUAGAGGUGGUGGUGAUCAGCACGUGAGCGAUUUGUUGUUGACCGUUGAAGCGACCCAAUCACCGGAUGAAUUGAAAUCAAUUUUGACGAAGUUCCCAAGGAGCAAUGCUUUGGCCGCCGCUGUGUCUAAUGAAGAUUUGAGUAAAAAAUGUUUGAAAAUAGCAGAAAUAUCGGCUUCCAAAGGUAUAACACUCCCCUUAAACCUUCUAUGGUUGGAAUACCUAAUCGCCGGCAAGAAGGAUGAGGCCGACGCUAUAUGGAAUAAUUAUUUAAUUAAAUCGGAAACAAUCGUUUUCCGACGACUUCUCCAAGAGAGUCACCUACAAAGUAAACCUAAACUUAUCGAAGAAUUAAUAAGCUACCUUAAAACUAAUCCUUCAGUCCUUCCUUCAACACUCGGUAACGCAUAUUCCCGAUUAAUUAAUCUACAUAUAGUACAAAAUAAUUUAGAUGAAGCGAAAGCCGUCACCGACGAAGCGUUCAAGAGUGGUUUGAAGGAUACCGAUAUAAAUAAGUCGACUCUGCAAAGAUUAAAGGCUGCAUUUGAAGAGGCCGGUAAGCCUUAUCAGUAGUUCUAAAUUUGCUAAAAUGGUUAGCGUUGUAAACACUGGAAUAUAAUCUUAUUCAUAAACGUAAUAAAUAGAUAAUUAAUAUGUGUCCUUAAAUAUUUUAUACGUAAACAGAUUUUGUCCAGAACAGUACAUUCUAACUAUUUGAGGCCGAACUUGAAGAGUCCGGUGAGGUUUUAAAUAAAAUUGUUUUAUUGAUUUAUUGAAAAUCGUCUAAAAAUCCCUUAACUAUUUAACUGAAAUUAUCUAUCACAAUGAAAAAAUGUAACAUUCUAUGACUGUUAAAGGUUUCGUUUGAGGAGGCCAGUGGGCCUUCUCUGUGAAUGAAAAUUAUUGAGAUGUUCUGAAAAAACUUAGUUUAGUGAUUGAAAACAGUAUUCAUAAAUGUUGUUCUUGUGUAUGAGAAUAUUCUAUGGCUAAGUUUAAAAAGGCCGGCCCUUUUAUCCCAAUUUUUUUUCGAAUUUCCGAAAAAACGUUUAUGAAUAAGUGUGUAUAUCUUUAUGUCUUACUCGACAAUGUAUUAGAUAGUUUUGACAUGAUUGGUUAAGAAUAGUUGAAAAUUUGUAAAGGCUCCAUUUUAAAAACCAAAUAUUAAUUAGUUUUGAUUAAACUCAGUGUACCAAAUAUUGUUCUAUUGCUUUUAUUACUUUUCAUUUUUGAUUUCAUUUGUAUUAUAUUGAAACGUUACUGCGUUUACUCUGAGACGUUCACAAAAGUAAAUACUUAGUAAAUGAAUGAUUUCAAUAAAUUAUCUCCAGACAAUUGCUACAAAUGAUCUUAAAUUUUUCUCUAGUAAAUCCGCUCUUACAGAAUCGAGCAUAAAACAUAGUCUCUGUUUUGUGUAACCAUAAAUAAAACUAUACACCAGUAGAGAUGGUCGAGUCUCGUGUAAGUAAAGCUUAUUUAGUGGCAUGUAUUGUGAAUUGUAAUUUCUCCUGUUUCUACUGUUUGAUAUUUAUGUUAGUCACACAUAGUGACUGGGAAAGCAUUUCUCAUCAUAAUUCCACAGUAAACAAAAUAAUGUAGGGUCAUGAUGAUAUAAAACUUAUAAAACUUGAGACAAAAUAUUUUGCCACUUGUGUAUCACCUCGACCACCGUCGUUGCCGCUCAACACCACUUUGUGUGAACCAGAUUCUUACUAAAUUAUUUACGAACCAAUCCGACUAGGGUCCUUCAAAAAAGAGCCCACCAAUUAUUAAAAGGCCGGCAACACACUCGCGAGCCAUGCCUCAUUAAGAGUGUCCUUGGCUGGCUUGGCUUUGGGGUCUUUAUAAAAAAGCGUGAUCGUGACAUGAAGAUAUUCGAUACAAAUUAGGAGUUCAAAUUGCCUUUAAUCAAUUAAAAUGUGAAUGUAAAUAUGUUUUUCUACUGAUGUAACUUGCCUGUGCAAUCAUUAUCCGUGUUUCAAGUAUUGUAUGGAUUAUUAUUGGUCACUAGUAGUAUGUAAUUUAGUCUUAAUAUAUUAAAAUUGUCAGUAAGA